AUGCCGACAACAAUCACCUCCGACCAGGGUGUGGUGGUGGCCGGAACAGAUGCGCUACUGAUGAGUUUACGGCGCCUGGCGUAUCCAAACAGGUUAUGUGACCUAGAAACAAUCUUCGGACACCACACAUCGACACUUUCAAGUGUACUCAAGCAUGUGUUCGCCCAUAUAGACGGAACGUUUGGACACCUGUUAGACAACCUAAACAACCACACCUGGCUCACGUUGGACACCCUUGAGUUGUUUGCUGAGGCUGUGCACGCUAAAGGGGCCCCAUUGAGAAACUGUUGGGGUUUUGUGGAUGGGACGGCGCGUGCCAUCUGCCGACCCUCCCUUAACCAGAAGGUGUAUUACUCCGGCCACAAGCGUCUUCAUGCCAUAAAGUUCCAGGCUGUGGCUGCUGCAAAUGGCAUAACAUGCGAACUUGAUGGCCCUUACCAGGGGCACAGGCACGAUGCAGGAAUUCUGCGAGAAUCCCAUCUGUACGAGAACCUUCAAGAACUGGUGCAAGGUCAUGAAUUUGUCAUCUACGGGGACCCUGCUUAUCCACUGUGUCCCCUGCUAAUGACUCCAUAUGCUGGAUCCCAUCUGAAGGACUAUGAAAUGGAGUUCAACAAAAAGAUGAGCACUGUGAGGCAAGCAGUCGAAUGGGGAUUUGGGAAAACAGUACGGGAGUUUGCGUUUGUGGACUUCAAAAAAAAUCAGAAGCUUAUGCUCCAGAAUGUAGGUCAGCUUUACAGAGUUGCGACAAUAUUUGCUAAUUGUCACACUUGCCUCUAUGGUAGUCAGGUAACAGACUUUUUUAAUCUUGAGGUGCCUGCGCUUGAAGGCUACCUGCGUCCCCUUCCCACCACUGCUUAG